AUGGCUACACAUGUUGCGAUUAUAGGCGCAGGAAUCUCUGGUUUAACGGCAAUAAAACAAUGUCUAGAUAAUGAUUUGAUUCCAAUUUGUUUUGAUCAAAAUUCUUUUAUUGGUGGAAUAUGGAGAUAUAAAGAUGAUUGUGAAAGUUUUAAAGAUCCUUAUUCAAUUUAUAAAGGUGUUUUAACUAACACAUCUAAAGAAAUGACGACGUUUUCUGAUUUUCCAAUUCCAUUUGACUGGCCAACUUAUAUGAAUCAUUCACUAAUAGAAAA